UGCCUGGACACUAAGUCUCUACCAACUGUAGCUCACUUCUUAAAGUGGACUGUCGGCGCCAGGCUACAAGACUGAUCGUCAGAGUUGAUCGGGUUCCUGUUUAUGUGCUGACAAGGACCUGUUACACUUCUGUUAGCAAGCAGCUGGAGAUGUGGUAAAAACAGUUAGGUACUUUGUAUCAUGACAUUUGUGUGGUGUGAGGCCGGAGGGACUGUUGUGACACAAGGUCCGAAGGAAACACAAAUGUGUCAUUGAGUGUGUACUGCACGGAGAGCAUAACGUUUAGAUGACAGGUGAUGCAAACUGGGGACUUUGUUCAUUAAACUGAUUCAGACUGCUUCAACACUGUCAGUCUUAAAGGAUCUUAUUAAGGUUUCUUUGAGUGAUGGGCGCAGCAUGGAAGAAUCUGGAUCUAAAGAACAUGUCUGCCGGCAUCAUUUCCAUUAGAUAAUACCUGCUGUCAUCACCGUGCAGAUCAUACAGUCCCAGCCUCCCUCCCACCAGCGGCCAAGAGACUGCAGAUCAUACAGUCCCAGCCUCCCUCCCACCAGAUCAUACAGUCCCAGCCUCUCUCCCACCAGAUCAUACAGUCCCAGCCUCCCUCCCACCAGAUCAUACAGUCCCAGCCUCCCUCCCACCAGAUCAUACAGUCCCAGCCUCCCUCCCACCAGAUCAUACAGUCCCAGCCUUCCUCCCAGAUCAUACAGUCCCAGCCUCCCUCCCACCAGAUCAUACAGUCCCAGCCUCCCUCCCACCAGCGGCAAAGAGACUGCCGCUGACAGAGCACUCAACUAUUGACAUCACCAACUCUGUGGCCUGUUACAGGUAUAGCAUUAGGAUAACAUUGGCCAGCAUCAGGAACAUGUUACCAGCAGAGUUAGACAGUGGCAAAUGCUGAUGGCAGACAAUAUUGAUGGUUGACACAAGCAAAACUUGAUUGUGGACAAGAAUGUUACAAAACAAUUAAGGCCUCAAAGGAAAGUGAAAAUUUCAAAUGAAAAAGACCUGGGGUUCAAACAUCAGUUUCCACAGAAAUAUGAAUCUUUUCUGACUAGAAAGUGUUCGGUUUGAAAGAAGAUCCAAAGACUGUCAGAAAGUGUUUUAGAUGUGAUUCAAGAUGUCAGCUUAUUAACUAUGGUCUGUAUAAUGGGAAACUGGACAGAAUCUUAGUCAAAGGAUACUGACUAAAGACAUUUCCAGUGUUCAGGAAACAAACAAUAGUAUUGCUCCUGGCAACAUUGAAAAAGUAUAAAAAAAAUAGAUUUGACAAUAGGUGUUUCUUGAAGAUAUCUUCCUCUCAGACUUCUGAAACUUCAUCAAUAGUCCACAAUGUCUAUGUUAAACAUGAGUACAGAGGCAACUUUGACAUCUAACCUGACCCAGAGGAUAAUGAGGACGUGGACCCUGGAGGAGCGAGCACAGCUGAUUCUCAGCCAACCCGUUGCUAUCAUCAGUCUCAUUCUCUGUUUCCUUGCCAUCGUCGCAAACUGCUUCUCAAUUCUUGCAACCAUUCUGGGCCCAAAUGGCAUGGUAACACACAACAAGCUGAUUGUCAGCCUUGGACUGUCUGACAUCCUGCUCAGUUUCAGCGUGGUGAGUCACACCGUCAAAAAGGUAUUCAUACCCUACCCCAACCCAAACUCCACCCAACAGGAAUUCCUCACAUUCUAUUGCAUGACAAUAUUUUCAUUUGCACUCUACACAAUGGCAACAGUCAUCUCCCUGUUGAACCUGUUUGCAAUGGCAGUGGAUCACUAUGUUGCCAUCAUGAAACCCCUUCAUUAUGCCGCAUAUCUCUCUCGUGCACGCGGCAACUGCUUUAUCGUUACCAUAUGGAUGCUGGCAAUUCUUUGUGGAUUUUCAGUGUUUUUGUCUGACUUCCGAAACUAUGGUCAAAGUGAUCUGAAUUACUGUCAUUAUCUGAAGAAAAGAGAUUUCCAAGGGGAAUAUCUCAUCAUAGCUGUUGCAUUCUUCUGCCUCCUGAUUAUCCUGUACACAUAUCUUCGUAUUUACAUUGAAGUUCGACGAGUUCACAGACAAGGCCCAUCAGCACGAAUGGAUUACAUACGAAAUCGGAAGGCUCUCUUCACAACCUUGGUCAUCAUUGGAACAUUUGCUGUUUGCUGGCUGCCGACAUGUCUGAUGCAAAUAAUUCUUACAAUCCAAGCCAAACAAAGUCCACAGUCCAUCAUCAAGCACUUUGGUGUCCUGCUGCGUCUGCAGCGCUAUCUCAACUGCCUGAUUCUUGUGAACACUCUUUGUGAUCCCACCGUCUAUGCAGUUCGUCUCAGAGAUGUUAAACUUGGAUACAGAAGGAUUUUCCAGAAGUGUCUUUUUUUUCGGUCCAAACGCAGAGGCAGCCUACAGCUGACUAUGGAGCGCCGAAACACCCAAAUUGCACGUCUGCUUACAAUGGACAGUAUCGCAAUACCCACCGAGAAGGAGUCAGGUAACAUACCCUGUACAACCUCAGUUGACAAGUGCAGUGAUUCACCAUCCAAAGAGGACCAAGUGUAAUCCAAUCAGUUGCUUCUACUCAGCACUUCUGCAGCAUAACACCGAAUGUUUCGCUGCAGACGGAUCUGCUGAAUAGCGUUUCCUAAACUCUGAGGAUACUGAAUCUCUAGUCUGACCAUCUUACAAACAUGAGGUAUCUGAUUGUCACUGAUGGUAGUUGCCUAAUUCUGACAUAAGUAGCCUGUAUACAGAUGAAUAUUAUUCUUAUUGACAACAGCAAAUGAGACUUAUCACACUGUAAUCAAAUGACACAAAAUCAGGACACAGAAAGAUGUGUACGAAGAUGUUUUAGUUGGUAACACUGACACAAGACUUCAGUGUUGAGUGUUAAUUCAUAGACAGAUUUUUCACCUGGCAUCAACUUCAUCUCCACCCAAGUACUUGACAUGUAAAGAAAAUCAAUACUGACAGUUCAUAUCAAAACAUGGUAUAAAAAGUACUUUUUUUAUACUGUUCAAAUAUAUCCUGACAGCUGCAAGGGUGCAAGGAACCAUAUCAUCAUCACAAUUUACUAAGUAUAUCCUGGUAUGACUAAGGGACCCAACUCUGCAUGACAAAUCUUAAUGCCCAAGACAAUUUACCAUCACUGUGUAUCCUAAUCAUAGUAUCUAUCAUACUACAUGUUUGUGUACUUAGUCUACAGGGUAUACUUUUCGCAAACAUGAAACUAAUAUACACAUACAGAUUUGAAACUGAGCAAAGGUUAAGUCACAGACGGACAAGGGAUGCUAUCUCUGACCAAUGGGUAAUGCAUGAAUUAAUACAUUAGGUUAAGUCUCAGAAAGUUAUUAACGCUAUCGUAUGACCUGAGCUCAUAUGAAUAAAAAAUACAUUUCAACACCUGUUUACAACAUAAGACCACACUAAAAUGCACACUCCUGCUGACUUUCACAGAUGCACAUGUAUAAUAAAAAGAAGGAUAAACAAUACUAGGCAACAGAUUUGCUGAUAUGUAGAUUUUGUAGUUAGAAAUAAUCAUUCUAAUUAGCUCACUUUAGCCAUGUUUUAGGACAUGAACCCACCAGAACAAUAACCCUUGCAGGCACAAAAAGGAAAUAGAGCCACAAGGCUGUAGCUCACCUGAAUGAUGAAGAAAUAAUGGUGGCCAUGUUUAAUGUCAGGUGGGAAUUCAGUGUGCAAUUUUUAGACACGAUACAUAAUCAUUAAUACAGUGUUUGCACCCUAGGAGCGUUGUUUUCAGAGCAGAUUCUAAAUGUAAAGGUUAAUGAUGCAGUCGACACAAUGACACAUGGUCACAUGGCUAGUUGUCAGCCAUUUGUUGGUGGUACGUUUUCACAUCACUAGUACAAUAUUCAGUUGACACUUUCCAUAUCCAUAAAAGUUCAAAACAAUGUUUCAUCUUGAAACUAUCCCCCUGGUGAGAUACUGGAUAAGAAACAUCAUAGUUCAAACACAUGUGAUUAGUAUUUGAAACAUCAAAGAUUUGUGGAAAGAUGAAAAUCUCUUUGUAAAGUACUUACAAGCUCUUUUAAAAUACAAAAGGAUUGUGUGCAGAAGAGGCUGUGUAUGAACAUUUAGACGUUGUUUUGAUAAGUAUCAAAGUUAGAGAGAAACUACUUUAAAAUAUGGAUGUUGUGUGGAUAUAUCAACAGACAAUUCUGGCAUUUACUCCAGGCAGUUGUGGACAAUCAAUACAACGUCCACUCAGCACUUUACGCUGACAUUUACACACAUCACAAGACAGUGAGAUAAUGAGAGGAGUUGGAGGCAAGUUCUAGCCCAACCAUGUGAGCAUUGGGGAAGACAGCCACCUGUUAGUAUAGUUAGGCCUGUUAGUAUAGUUAGGCAUGGCGUUCAGUGUCUUGCUUCAACAAACACAUUAAUGUUAUCUCUUUUAGCUACAUACUAGAGAUUAGAGAAGUUGUUUAUUGGAUAUUUUCAUGAAUUUUUAAAGUAAUCUUUUAGAAUUUAUAUUUCUUUAUUUUGUGACAUUGUUAGACAGAUCUUAAGUAGAUCCACAUAUCAAAACAUCCUAUGGUUUUCAAUAGCAAACCAAUGAGAAACAAUAUCAUUAAAAGUUCAAAAACAAAGAUCAUGGAAAUCACUUAAUCAUCACAUUAGAACAGCCUUUAGCUGACGUCUUCUGACUAAAGAAAUUACUAACAAAAGGUUGAUAUUAUAGUCCGUUUGGCUCAAAAGCGGACUAAUGAAUUCCAAUCUAACUCGAAAACUAAUAAAAAUAUAUUACUCAAUGAAACACUGAUCAUAAUCAUAACAUUAGACCAACUCGGUGAGUUUUUUGAAGAAUUAAUGUCGUAAUAAUAAAAAAGUUGUUUAACAAACUAUCAUUAAAAUAUUUACACAGUUCACUAUUUGUUAUGAGGGAGGAGUGCAAAGAGAGGAACGAGAAAAGAUGGAGACAGCACAAUACAGGUAAAUGACUCAAUAACUUUGUCGGCACUUGUUCUCGUGCUUCUCGUACACCUGGGUGUCCCUUUC